CUUUUGCAAAUGGCGUCCGCGUGACGGAUGAUCGCGUGUGCCGUCAAAAUGCAUUUGCGAUGUUAAAAACACUUAUUUUAUAAUAUAUUUCUUGUUAUGUGCAUUAAAAUAAACGGGAAACUGGUAUAUAAACAAAAAAAUCAAUCAGUCCCAGUAUUAAAACUAUACAAUCUAGUCUAAAUAGUUUCUACUUAAAAAGUAUUGUUUGUACUUAAAAAUAAAGCUUAAAAAACUGUGAUAAUUUUCAUGGACGUUUAUACCAAGUGCAAUUUAUAGACUAAUGUCAACGGCCAAAGAUAAAAUAUAAGUAAUUAUUAUGUUGUCCAAUUGAACGGGAAACAAAGAUGGCGGCGGCACCACAACAGUUCUGCGUUCGGUGGAACUCUUACCAUACAAACUUACAGGCGGUGUUUCCCCGGCUGUUGCUGACGGAACAGUUUGCCGAUGUCACAUUAGCAUGCGAGUCGCGGCAACUGCGCUGCCACAAGCUCGUGCUGUCGGCAUGCUCGGCCUACCUCGAGCGGCUGCUGCUGCACAACCCGUGCGACCACCCCAUCGUGCUGAUGCGAGACAUGAGGUUCAGCGAGAUGCAGGCACUAGUGGACUUCAUGUACAAGGGCGAAGUGAACGUCACGCAGGAGGAGCUGCCCAGUCUGCUCAAGUCCGCUGAAGCCUUGCAGAUCAGAGCCACGCCAAACCACGCCACGCCCAACGGACACAAGAAACGCAAGUCGGAGGAGCGGCCCGAAGUGAAGGAGGAAACUGUUGAAGAAGACGGACUGUAUUAUGGCGAACUGGACCCUGAACACAUGGAGUAUAACGAGGACGAGGAACCGGGAAAACCUGGAAGCAGUCUGGGACAAACUUCAGGUCGCCGCGUGCCUUACAUCAGAGUGAAGCCGGAGAGCGAGUUAUUCUUCCAAAACAAACUGCAAAGCUUAGCGAAAGCGAACUCUGAGUACAUAAGCCGACUGUCCAAAAUGAAUCCAUCAGAAAUGCGCAACGAAUUCAGCAAAUACGGCUUCAACACUAACACCAAUACGGAAGACUUAAAAUCGCACGACAAAUCUGAAAACGACUAUUACAAGUCCUGGCUGGAACAAAACGGGGAGCUAGAGGUGUCGUUGCUGAAAGCUGGCCAAAAGAAAAUGGCUCCUAAGACGCAGCCAGCAAAGUCUGAAGUGGAACUGAUACCGAAGUCUUCUUUGAAUCAGGAGAAGACACAGAUAAGACGGCGCGGGCGCCCUCCGUUGUUCAAAGACAAAAAUCUAGACAUAGGAGAGACGGUUUUAAAGUCAGAUCUAGACCAGUUUUUGGAGGGGAAGGAAGUCAGUUCCUCUGGGUUGUCCAGGAAAGAUCUGGAGAGGGUUAUGAUGGGGAAAUUUAACCCGAAUAGAAGGUACUCGAAUGAGGCCAUGUGGGCGGCUUUGAUGGAUGUUAAGAAAGGAGGAAGCAUCUACAGAGCGGCCCAAACCCACAAAGUGCCUCGCAAAUCGCUCCGCAACUGGAUGAAACGUUGCCACAUCAAGUCCUCCUUCCCCAUGCCACAACAAUUGAAGCAGUUCGUCGAAAACAGCAAGAAACAGAAAGAAUACAACUAUCAAAAUAUAGAAAAAAGUGGCACGGAAACCGACGCAGGGGAGGUAGUGUCGUAUGAUACGGAAUUGGAGUUCGGUAAGCACUUCCUGAUGAACACCGCGUCUAGUGAAGAUGAGAAGAAUGACGCGAAAACGGCCGACAAUGACGUGGACGAUGACGCAGCCAUCAAUAUGUCAUUGCAUGAAUAGAGGAUUUUUAUGUCACUGUCAUGUCAGUGAUAGAUAGUUUGAGUUGAAAAUGUUUUAUUUUUUUGAGUUGGUGUCACUGGUUUUUUUAGUCUUCGAGAUUUUUUUAAGUAUCCUUACUGUUUAAAAAAAUGAUUUUUCUUAUUGCUUUGUACAUGGUUUUUACUUUGCUGUUCCUAUUUUUACUGAUAAAAUAUGUUUUUUUUUGUUUCUAAAGAAAUAGGCGUUGAAAUUGUGUAUUUUUAGGGCUGAUAGUUAUGUUUGACAAAAUAUUUUUAACAUAGACUCUAUUAAUUUUCUCGUACAAGAAUAUGUAUGGGAAAGAAAAAAAAACAUAACAUAUGAACAUUUCAAAUGUUUGUUAUUUUUCUCUAGUGACACCAACUCUGUUUUGUAUACUUAAAUCCUAUUUUAUUGUAUAUGUUACAGGAAAUGUAUG